AUGUCUGCUUCCACCACCAACCCCCGCGACAUGCCCUGUCCCGACCCGUCUGCGCACGAGCACUCCAAGCCUUCCACCAGCUCGGCAGCCUCCAAGGCAGCUCUGCUCGUCACUCGCGCCCAGCGUGAAGCCACCAGCGCAUCGCGAGACAGCAUGGACAGCAGCGACGGCAGGCUCGCCUCAAACAGUGCGUCGCACAACCUCAAAUACGCCAAAGCACAGGACCUGCCCAGCUUCCCCUCGCGCGGCUCCACCUCCGGCGCCGCCUUUGCUGCCGCCGUCUUGGCCAAGGAUUACACAAUGAAAGAGUUGUGGCAGCAUGAAACCAGCGCCGCGGGCAGCAAGGCCGCCAUGCUUGCCCAUAGGGACGGCGCCAACGUCGAUCUGUGGCAGCCUUCCGCCAGCGCUGCCGGUAACUCCGCCGCCAAUAUCGCCAUGCGCAACAAGGGCCUGAGUCCCGAGAUCGACCGAGGAUACACAGACAUCGGGCGCAACAACUCUUCCCUCGCUGCUGCCAUGUCCGUUCGAAGGGGACGACAACGGGCAGGCUCGACGCCAGCUGCGCCCGUCGCCGACUACCCCGACGCGCACAACUCGAGCAAGAACGCGCUCAAUGCCGCCACCGUCUCGCACCGCACCUCUGUCCGCGCCGGUCCAUCCUCUGAUGGCUGGGACUCGGAAGCCAUGCAGGCCGCUCGCAUCAAGAACAGCCACAUGAGUCGCGACAUGUUUGGUGAGCACCCACCCGUCGAGCCCGAGGUGGAGGAGCAGAAUCACCAAGCCGCCCUUCGCGCCUCCGCCGUCUCCAUGGCCAAAUCAAUGUACGAAUAUCAGAACCGCGCCGCCACCCCCACCGACACGAGCAGUAUGGUCGGCACGGCGGGGCGGGGAGCAGAAGCCGCCCAUCGUCGUAAUCAGUCUUCGACCUCCCAGUCUGACUUGAAGGACGAGGCGCUGAGGUACAUCCACCUCCAAGAGGCCGCACAGAGGAUUGCGAACGAGCGCCUGGCCAAGAUGGAUCAGGGCUUGGACGCGGGCCGCUACAAGGAAUACUACGGCUAUGGUAACACCAAGACGUCUCCCAAAAAGUCUCGAUUAUCCGUGCGAAGACGGCCACGUGCUGCCAGUGAAGGGGGCCGCUACGAUGACGAUUCUUCCGACGAAGAACGAGCCCGACGCAUCCGCGGCCAGAUGUCGCAGCUGUCCACCGCCCAAAACACUGUCUCGGACAAACAACGCCAGGACGACCGCGCCCGCCUACUCGCGGCGGCCGAGAAGCGGGUGCAGGCACGCAUGCAUGACAUGGACCAGAAGGUCUUCCUCGAGACGGGCAAAGUCAGUCAGGCGAUGAUGGACGAGUGGGAGACCAAGGCUCGCGACAAGGCCCAGCAGAACAAGGUGGAACGAGAGCGCGACGCACCUGCCGGGAAAACACACAUUGGCGGCGGAAGGUACAUGGGUACGGCCGAGAUCGAGGCGAUUGCCGCGGCGAGGCUGAAGGGCACGCUGGAUGAAAUCACUCAGAAUGCAGAACGUAUGAGGGCGAGAGACGAGGAGAUGGCGAGGCAGAGAGAUGCCGAGCACACAGCGAGGAUGGAAGAGAAGAUGAAGGAGAGCGAGCAAAAGGCAGAGUUCAAGCGAUUGAGAGAGCAAGACAAAGCCAAUGCGAGGAAGGAGAAAGCCGACAGAGAAGCUCUUCUUGCGAGAGAGAAGCAAGAACGCAAAGCUGCGGCGGACAAGGAAAAGGAAGAUCGGAGGAAGCAAAAGGAAGCGGCCAAGGCUCAAAAGGAGGAGGAGAAGCGCAAGCAGAGGGAGUCGAUCUACACGUUGGCAGGAGGCGCCACCCUCGGUACGGUGGCAAGCCGGGUGAAGGAGGACAAGGAGCGCGAGGAGAGGAGAGACGAAGAGAGCCAGGCUGCCGGUGCCAAUGCGCUCCAGCAACUCGCGUCGAGGGUGAAGGAGGACAAGGAAACCGAAGAACGGAGAGAUGCCGAGGCGACCGUCGCUGGUGGAGCUGCCCUGAGCGAAGUCGCGACUAAGGUGAAGGAGGACAAGGAGCGUGAAGAGAGGCGCGAUCAAGAUUCUCAGAUCGCUGGUGCCGAUGCUUUGUCGAGAGUUGCCACAAAGCUGAAGGAAGAUAAAGAGAAGGAUGACCAACGUAAGAGCCGCGAAGCUGCCGCCGGCGGUGCUACUCUCGCCGAAGUUGCGGAUCGAGUCCGACGGGACCGCGAGGCCGAACAGCAGAGUCAGAGUGUUGAGAGUCCAAUCGCCUCUGGAUCUAAUCGUGACGCUGAGCUGGCUGGUGCAGGAGCCGCGGUGGCGGGUGUCACUGGUGUCGCCGGGUACGAGGCCAUUCAACAUGAUCGCAGCGAUACUGGACCGGCUCCGCAUACUGUUGGCCCCCAUCAGACCGAUAUCGCCAACAUUCUCGAUCCCAGUGUCAAACCGAACUUUGACAAGCAGAAGGAGGCAGAGCCGUUGACGUUCGGUCCUCACCGAUCGGAUAUCGCCAAUAUCGUAGAUCCGCGCGUUGACAGCCAGGCCGGGCCCGUGGACGUGGAUGAUGAGAAGGAGUUUGCCGGCGAUGAAGGCUUUGCGGCUCUGGGCGGUGGCAUGCUGGGCGCCGGUGCUGUUGCAGGCGAAGCAGAAGAGGUACCGAAACCCCAGAAGCCUGUCGCUUCGCCAGCAAAAGAGCAGUCCACGGAGAAACGCGGGAUGUUCAGCCGAAUCGGGCGCCGCCUCAAAUCCAAGUCUGUCUCUCAACAGCCCGGAGAUGAUCCGAGUACAGAAGCCGCGGAUGGCGCUGGCGCGGCUGGAAUCCCUGUCCUAGCGACCGCUCUUGCCGCCGCGGGUGGUACUGAUGAACAACGGGGCGAGACAGAAUCCACCGCCGAAGAGCCUUCUGCCCGUAUCGCGGAGCCCGACGACGAUAUGGACGACGUUGACCGCACCAGAGCUGCUGGAGCCAUGGCCGGUGUUGGCGGUGCUGGUGUCGCUGCGGCGAUUGCGGCAGGCGGGUCAGGAGAGAUUGAGGAACGCGAAGAAAGGGGCGAGGUCUCCAGUCUCGACUCCACGGAGGAUGGGCACGAAGACCACCACCUGCAUGAUCCCGUGGAGCACGAUCGUCCCAAUCUGGAACGGCACAUAUCGACGAUCCACUCGAGCAGCGAGAGCGACUGGGAUGGCGAGGAUGAACGCGAGCAUUACGACUUUGAAGACAGCGCGGGGUUCAGUCGUGUCACCGCCGACUCGCCUGACGUCGAAGAACAGCGCGGACGCACACUUGAGCCUGCCCAUGCACCAGUCGCUGUGGCGGCAGCGUCAGCCCGCUCCCCAGUGUCGCCUCUGACUCCCGACAAGGAGUUGGCGCCUCCGAUCGUCGUCGCCUCAGCCUCAGCCUCGGCCCCAGCCACACAGCCGCGCCCAAGCGAAGAAGGAAAGGCUGCCUCGCAACCUGAAAAGGAACGCAAAGGCCUCCGGGGCAUGUUCCGCAAAUUGAAAAGCAGACCGGAGAACAAGCUCUCGAAGAAGGAAGCUCAGAGUGUAGGCUCCGCCCCAUCCGUCCACAGUGCCACAGAUGAAGAGCCCGUUGCCGUCGCCGCAGGCACCACUGCGGACCGUGAUGACGGAAUCGUCAACCCCGUCACCACCACCUCCAUCGGCGAAGCGGAACAGCGCGGCCUGACAGACGGCACAGUCGCAGGCACGCAACGUCUCGGCAGUGGUGGUGAUGUGGGCAACCCACCGGAAAGUCCCUCGAGCUUCAGACGCGGCCACACCCAACCUCAUCGAGACGUCGACGACGUCUCCUCUUCCGGCGCGGAAGAAGAAGACGUGAAAGUCGGGCGCGCGGGACGUUUGGCGCAAAAGCUCGGAUUGGCGAAAGACAAAGGCAAUGAACGGCAACCGGGCAAAGUUGGCGCUGCGGCGGCCGGCCCCGUUCCUGCCGUUUCUGGCUCGGAGUAUGGAAGCGGUGAUGGGGACGAUGAUCAGUUUGAAGAGGCGCAGGAUCAUUUCGAUGAGAGCACUGCGCCGCCGCCGGCUUUCGCAGGCCAGGCGAGGCACUCCGGCGAGGCACAAGCGAGAGGGACGAAGUUUCAGGAGGAGUUUGGAAGGUAG